AUGAAAGAACAGAGAGGGAGUUUUAGUUUUGCAUUGGUCGGAAACGCUGCAGGAUGGCCAUCACCAACUCUUAUCAAGAUGAAAAACAUGGAUGCUCCAGUGAUCCUGGACUCUGGCCAAAUAUCGUGGAUGGUCUCCAUGAUCUAUCUCGGACACUUAAUCAGCCCCGUACCAAGUGGAAUGAUGAUGGAUAAGUACGGAAGGAAGCAAGCGAUUCUCCUUUUAGCUCUUCUACCUCUCAUCUCAUGGCUGAUGAUUUUUUGCACAGCUUCAGCAACGUCUUUGUACAUCGCCAGAUUCAUCGCAGGGCUUUGGGCUGGCGCUACUUCCACCAUAAUACCCAUCUAUAUUGGGGAAAUUGCUGAACCAAAGUUGCGAGGGUCGCUAACGAUGUUUACACAUCUCAUGAGAAACUUUGGAGUUCUUUUGGUUUACUUUGUCGGCCCUUACGUUUCUUAUUCAGAACUCGCAAUGAGUUGUGCAAUUUUGACAUUUUUAUUCAUUGUGUCUUUUGCGUUCAUACCAGAAUCGCCGUACUAUCUCUUAAUGCAUGGGAAAGAGGAACAAGCUUAUAAAUCACUCAAUUGGCUAAGAGGUAGUAGUGGAAAUGCUUCCGUCAAUGACGAGUUACACAAAAUGAAAGAAGCGAUGAAUAAACAGCUGAUGAACAAAGGGUCUUUCAAGGACGUUUGGAACAACAAAGGAAACAGAAAGGCAUUUAUUAUAUCUGAAGUUUAUUCUGUUACUAAAAGAUUAACAGGUUCAGGAGUUUUGCAAGCUUACGUUUCAAUGACGUUGCCGGCUUUAACAUUUGGAAUCUUCAACCCAGACGACUGUGCGAUCAUUCUCGGUUUGAUUAGUUUAAUUUCUUCCGUCACAUCAGUUUUUCUCGCUGUUCAUUUCAACCGACGAUGUCUAAUAACUGUUUCUUCAGCUGGAUGUGCGUUAACGAUGGCGUUAGUUUCAACAUGGUUCUAUCUCCGUGACACCGAUUACGAUGUACAACGCUACAGUGAAUGGUUGUUUAUUUCUUAUAUACUUUACAACUCUACUUUUUCAUUAGGGCUCGGUCCAAUAGGGACGAGUAUGAAGGGGGAAUUGUUUGCUGCUAAUUCCCACGAGAGGCCCGAAGCUGUCAUACAUUCUAAAGGUAACCUUAUCUUCCAGCUUUGCAAUUAA